ACCAAAACAACAUGGCUGCUCACAUGUUUAUUGUCAAGUAUCCAAAUGCUAGGAAUGAUGAAAAACCAGAUGAUAACAGAUUCUUCGCAAAAGAAGAAGUUUCAGAGAUUUUAAGAACUGUGCUGCCAUUCCUUGGAAUUCAAAAACAAGUAAUGACAAUAUCCGAAAACGAACAAUGGGCGCAAAUUACUUUUAUUUGCAGCACAGUGGAACUUACAGAGAAAGCCCUCAACACACUAUCUGAAAGAGGAAUUGGAAAACACUUCCAAACAUCUUUGAGUGUUAUUCCGGUGCCCAUUCACCUUGCGGACAACAGUGUUACAGGCUCACAGGAAGAUCUCAAUCCUCAGACGGAGGAUAUUCAAAAGGACACAAAAGUUAAAAACUUUGUCAAGUCAAUACGGUCCAGAUUGAUUGUUGCUCAGGUAGUAGAGCAAGUUAAAAGUUCAUCAAAUCUAACAUUUGAUUUUGUACUGCUUAUCAUAUUAGCAAGUCUAAUAUCUGCAAUUGGUUUAUCGGAGGACAGUUCUGUGGUAUUGGUUGCCAGUAUGCUAAUAUCACCAUUAAUGGGACCAAUCAUGGGAGGUACAUUUGGGAUUGUAAUCAAACACAGUCCAUUACGAAAUAUUGGAAUUAAGACUGAGGUUGUUGGUCUACUCAUGUGUGUUUUCUGUGGGCUGUUAUUUGGUUUUGUUGCUUAUCCAUUUCUUGGUGAUGUGUGGCCAACUGAUGAAAUGAAAAGCAGGGGUAAGCCUCGGAGUCUUCUUAUUGGUCUGUUUAUAGCGUUGCCAUCUGGUGCUGGAGUAGCAUUAUCAAUUCUUGGCAACAACACUGGUUCCCUUAUUGGGGUUGCAAUAUCUGCAUCUUUAUUGCCUCCUGCUGUUAAUGCAGGAAUGCUGUGGGCCACUUCAAUUAUUAGUGCAUGCCAAUCGAUGGUGUACAUAAAUACAACAGACAUUCCAGAUGCAGAUGUUUAUAGUUCGUCAGAAUUGGCAGUGGCUGGGACACUGAGCCUAAUACUCACUCUGUUGAAUAUACUUUGUGUUUUCCUGAUGGCUGUCUUAGUUAUGAAGAUAAAAGAAGUGGCACCAAAAACCAGCACAGCAACAACUCAUCAGUUUUGGAAGAAUGACAUUAAGGUUGCCAGAGAGUACUAUGAUGUGAUUGGAGGAAAGGCACAGGGACAAAACAUUGGCAAGAAAUUAUUCCAAGAUUUUCAAAAAACUCUAAAGAAACUAGACCACGGUGAAGGGUCAGGUACAGACACAUUGAAAGGUCGUGAAGCUGCCUAUGUUGCUAGAGACUUUAAAGCAUUACUCAGUGCACUAGAGAAGGAGACACAUUAUCAGGAUAUUGUCCAACAACUGAAUGAACCACAACUGAAUGUAUCAAAUCAAAUACCAACAUCACCAAGUGAACCAGAAUGGUUAGGAAACUUAGGCUGGAAGUCUAACACUUCCACCACUACGUCUCAACGAUCACCGUACCGAGAGAUCUACAGACUGGUCUCACAAGAUGAUUAUGUUUUUCCUGGAACUUCGGAGCCUCAGUCAAGACGUGAUAGUCUACAUGGAUCGUAUUCAAAAAUCACAGCAGAAGCACCUAAGGAAGAUCCUGUGUAAAAUUAAGUUUGUCUUUACUUUUGCUGUGUUCUGUGAGCUUUGAUCACAGUAACAUAUGUUCAAAAAAAGCAGUAUACUGCUAAAUCAACACCAAUUGACAACAAGAGCACUAGAAUAUAUUUUUAAAAUUGUUAUCACUGUAAUCAACAACUAGCUACCACUUAUAAUACUCUCAUAUUUAAACUUGCGUUCCAACAGACAUGUUCUGAUCAUAAAUUGAUAUUUUAAAUAAUGUAUAUGAACUGUAAUUUAGAGAUAGCAUUUUAAAAAUUGUUUAUUGUUUUUAAAUGAGCUAUUCAAUAUUUUAUUGAUUUUUUUUAGUUUCCCAUAUGUUAUGAAAGGUGGUAUAGGUUUUAUUAAUUAAACAAAUAUUAAUAAUGAUAUAUAAUUUAGUAUAUAAUAUUUAUUAGUUUCAAUAAGAUACAUACACAUUAUAAAACAAAAAUCAUCAUGGAAUUGAAAAAUGAAUACCUUGUAUACAUGCUUAACCAGAAACAUCUCAAAGAUGGACAUGUGAAUUGGACAUGGAAACCACAGGAUACCUCUUUAAGCCCAGAGGCUUGUCCAGAAUCUAAAAAAACUUCGAAAAUAUUCAAAAAAUAAUUAGAGUUAAAUUUUAGUCAGUUGCGAAGACAAUGAAAUGGUAGUAUUUAAUUGUGGAAAAAGGUGUGAUAAUUGAAUUGAUUACUGUAAUAUUUCUGAUUGGGGGAUAAUUACUGAAUAUUCUAAUUAACAGAUAAUAGACCUCACCAGUGUGUCCGUCAAACUUAACAACUGACCAAUCAGAACAGGGCGAAUAGGAAUGUCUGCGUAUGUUUUUACACUGUCAUUUUGUGGGACCUUGGCAACAAUAUCCAAAGGGCGGGGCUUAGCAGAAAGAUCAAUUUAGCUGGCAAGUAGGCCUGCAGUAGUUGAGGCCUCCAUGAUUGUUGUAAAAUAGUGCCUUAAAAAAUUGCAUUUUGCAUUUUAAUUUUUAACAUAAAUUCAACAUAUAGUUCACAUCAAUCAGUUUCGACUGGAUGUAUGUUUGAUCAUGUAACAGUACUGUCCUCCCAAACGUUUUGUUUGGUAAAACAAGAAGACUAAAGUUUGGUAUACAUUAUAACAUUCUGUAGAUUCGGGGGUGGAUGCUGGAUUUAGUGGUAGGGGUACAUGCAGGUUCACACCACCCCAGCCCCAACAUGGUUAGAGAUGGGUGCGGAAAUUUUGAGUAUAUGGACCUCUAGGUGCCCGGAAAUUACACUCUCAUACCUUCAAAAUCUUACUGGUAAUUCAUAUUAACAAUAUAAAACAACAAUCAUUUUUCUUAAUACAAUUUAGGGGAUGCGAUCGCACCGUCUGCACACCCCCAUCCGCGUAGCUGGCGAUUUUUUUAACGUAGGAUAGUUUGGUGAAAUUUCAUGAAUUAUUCAUAAUCAUCCUUAUAGAGCAUAUUUUGCGCAUGCGCUAUUUCCAAGCCUAAGUCAGCCUCACUGAUCAGCUGUUCUGUGCACCUGCUGUUCGAUUUAAAAAAUAAUAAACAUGCUUUGAUUUUGGGCGAACUUAGCAGAUACAAUUGAUAUAAAUGCGGCUGGGCGGAUGUGGCUGGUUGGGUGGACGUGCAGAAGGGGUG